AUGGAAAGCUCGCACUACCACCAUCAGGCCAUGUUUACUCCAGGCUUUCCUGCGGUGCCCGUUCCGGCUCAGCAGUCUGCUAUACCGGCGAAGCGGGAAGAUGAUGAUGUCCAGUUUCUUUCCUCCAAUCCAGUCAAGAAGAGGAAGAUUGACUGCUGCCAGUCGAUCAUGCCACCCUUGACUGCUACCUCAACUACCUCACCGCCUGCAAGGCAUCCCAUUCCCGCCCCCGUUUCCACGCAUCGGCCACUCGAACCUGCCAAGCAAACGACAGCCACCACACAACCCGAACGACGAGGAAGCACAGGCAUGGUCGAUCCUUCGGCUACGGCACAGAUGAUGGACGUGGACCCGAUGCGAGGUUGCUCCAUGCCCAUUCCGGAGCGAUCUGGUUAUCCGGACUCAUUUUGGACCGCGCCUUCAACAGGUCCUCGCAGCUCUCCACCAGUAUCGCCCAAAUCGCUGCCGGAGCAUGCUCAGCCGUCCAUGAUCCGACUCGAGGAGGUUUAUAGAUCAACACCUCAGUCCAUUAGCGGGAUAAAUGGCGGGGCCGUCACAGACAGUUUCGGCUUCUCUGGGGUGGCUCAUACGGCAAGCAAUCCAGCCCAUGUUUCUCAGUUGCCAAUAGCAGUAAAAGCGGAAGGUACGCCACUUCAACUAAACUCGGAGGAUCAAAUACAAACUGAGACCUCAAAGGACACGCAGCUGGUGGAUGCAAUUCCAGAGCAGACUGGCGCUACUGCUAACAUAGACAACAACUCUGUCGAGGCUCAUGUUCAUACCAAGGGAAACGCAGCCACUGAACACUCGUGGCAACAGCAGCAACAUCCUAUUCGAAUAGUAGUCAUGGACGGCCAGUCUUGUGCUCCAGCCGACCUGCAACUAGACAUGGGUAUUCCCAUGUUGAAUUUUGAGAGUAGUCACAGCUCAGAGAAUUCUCCAAGCAACCAUCAACAACCUCAAACUCACAAUAUUCCCCAGUCCAGUGGAGGCACUCCUUUGGCCCAUGUCCCAAGUCAGCCUCCAAACCACAGUACAAUAUCAGUUCAAGCCGAUGCAUGCGGAAACCGUCCACCAUCAGGAGCAAAGGGACCAUGCCGGCAAUGCCUGGAGGCACGACUGAGGCAGCAAGCUGCUAACCAAGCAGCUAGUAUGAGCACUGUUGCUGGCCUGCCUCUAGGUUCAAAGGUUCCUGGACCAGGUCAGACCUCUAUCCCACCAUCUACUGUUCUACAACCCUGGACGCAGCUUCUUGGCAUCAAUCCGUAUUAUAAUCCGAUGGCUGGUGCUCUGUAUGGUCCUUCUCUCCAACAGCCUCUGAUGGCUGGGACAAAUGGUCAUUUGGCUGUUCCGUCACAAAACUAUCCAUCUCACGGGCUUCUCUCACAGCAAACAAACGCGCAUAAGGUCUCCCUCGCACCUGCCCCAUCAAUGCCAUCAAUCCAGCCCUUUGUUUCAAAUCAGAAGAACCCUCAACCUGCCAAAACUGCGUCUAUCGCUCCGAGCACGCAAAUUUCAAAAACCCCAGACAUCCAACUUACUACGAAGCACAUCAUUGUUGACAUCGCUGAUACCUGUCUCGACUUGUUUCCCUUUGAUGCGGUAGCGAAACGGCACAACCAACCGGAGCAGAAAGUCAGAGAUAUCUUUUCUGCGAUCAUUCAAGUGCCACUCUUACGUUGUAACACCGAUAAGAGAAGGGCCGGAAAACUAGGCACAGCAAGAGUAAAGGAGUUCAACCAGGCAAAGAAAGAUGUGCAGAUACAAGCAAGCACUUCUCAAACAAAGCAGGAUGCAAUGAAUCAGACGCCAUAUAUGCCGACGGCUUGGCAGAUGGCGCAGUUCAUGGGCCCUAGCGAUGUACGCCUUGCUGCUUUGCCUCAGUAUUCUGGACCUUGGUGA